CCGGGGCCGCUGCGCGGCGAGGGCGGCGGUGAGGCCGAGGGGCCGACACCAUGAACCGCAGUUUCCACAAGUCUCAGACCCUGCGCUUCUACGACUGCAGCGCGGUGGAAGUCAAGAGCAAGUUUGGGGCUGAAUUCCGAAGGUUCUCCUUAGACCGUCAUAAGCCUGGGAAGUUUGAAGAUUUCUACCAGCUGGUUGUGCACACCCAUCACAUCUCCAACACUGAUGUGACGAUCGGCUACGCAGAUGUGCAUGGGGACCUGCUGCCUAUCAACAACGAUGACAAUUUCUGCAAAGCGGUCUCGAGUGCGAAUCCCCUGCUCAGAGUCUUCAUCCAGAAACGAGAGGAGGCAGACCACUACAGCUUCGGGGCAGGCACGCUGUCGCGGAAGAAGAGAGUGCUGGUGACUCUGCGGGACGAGGGUCUCCGCCGGCGCGCCCACCUGGACAUCGGCAUGCCACAUGACUUCCGCCCGGUGUCCUCCAUCAUCGACGUGGACAUCCUCCCCGAGACUCACCGCCGGGUGCGCCUCUACAGACACGGCUGCGAGAAGCCACUGGGCUUCUACAUCCGAGACGGGACCAGUGUGCGGGUAACGCCCCAGGGGCUGGAGAAGGUCCCGGGCAUCUUCAUUUCCCGCAUGGUGCCCGGGGGCCUGGCGGAGAGCACCGGGCUCCUCGCUGUGAAUGACGAGGUGCUGGAGGUCAACGGGAUCGAGGUGGCCGGGAAGACGCUGGAUCAGGUCACAGACAUGAUGAUUGCCAACAGCCACAACCUCAUCGUCACCGUCAAGCCUGCCAACCAGAGGAACAACGUGGUCCGCAGCAGCCGCACGUCGGGCAGCUCUGGCCAGUCCACGGACAGCACCGCCAGCCACCACAGCCUGCAGGCCGCCCACGUCCUGCAGAACUUCCACCUGGAGGAGAUGGAAAGUGAUGAGGAAGCCGACAUUGUCAUCGAAGGGGCUCUGGAGUCUCAACACGUCCCCAAGGCUCAGGGCCUCGUGCGGGCCAAUGGCGCGGGGCUGGCCCACAGUCUGCAGCGGGACCUGGGCCUGCACAACUCCGGGAGGGAGAGCAAUGGCAGCAUUCACAAACUGCUCAGCUCCCUGAAGCCAGACCCUCGCCACACACUGGUCCUCCCACAAGGAGGGGUAGAGGAGCACGGGCCGGCCGUCACGCUGUAGGAGCCGGCCCCCGGCCUUGGACGGGCGGACGUCCCAGACCGGGUUGCCUCAGACCUGUGGUUGAGGGGAGCUGGCGACACUCAGAUACACAGGGAUUUCAGCAGUAAGUUUUCAAAGGGAAGUCUUUCAAAUGUUACCAAUUUUUAAAUAAUUGUGUACGUUGCCCCCUCAUUCCCACAGCCUUAUUUCAGCUUUUAGACAGGAACUGAAAAUACCGUAUUUUUAUAGGAUUUCUCCAAAGAAUCUAAAAUGCACAAACAUGCACAAGCCUAAGUGCAUGCCCCAGAAAGGCAGAAAGUAUUUUUAAACUAUAAAAAUUAAUGCUUUUAAACUUGUGUGAAAAUACCAUGCUGCUGGAGCUCUGCUGACCUCAGCACGGCUUGGACAAGACAGACUUUCUGAGGGCAGACGCGGCCUUGCCGGGACAGGCGAGGCCACAGCAGGAGGACUCGAUGCUCAGAAAAGCCACUGGGCAUCCAUCGAGAAUCGCCGGUGGCCCAGCACCCGCCUGCGGCUGCAGCGCCAUCCUACCACUAUACCCUCACGCAGCCAUCUCCAGUGAAGGAAGCCAGGGCCACUGCUCGCUGGAAGCGUGAUUAAAAACCAGUGUCUACUCUGAAGCUGUCCAGUUGUCCUUGGGUCAGCUGGCUCUGGGGCACUUUUUAAGCCAAAAUGAGAGAGGACACUGUGAAGCCUCUGUGUUCACUCAUGUGGAUGUAUGCUUUGUUAUCUUACUUUUAGAACAUCUAGUUCUUUUUAAAAGUCACUGCUAUGCUACGCUCACUUCCAUUCCUAGCAUAGUGCUCAGUGGGCAUGAGUUCUUUGAACUAUAAAGUCACAUGGAACUUGAUAGAUUUGACAGACGUUAGAUUCAUUGUCAUUUUUAUUUGACCUUUGAAGUUUAUUCUUGACUCAACUAGCUGUCAGUGUGUUUUCCUCCUGAAUACAAUGUCAGGAAGAAAAUGUCACAUUAAUUCUUUGAGAACAAACUAGCUGAAAGAAUCCUUGGUGUAAAUACAGGUAAGAGUAUUUUCCAGGUUUUUCUGGCAGGUAGACCUACCUGUUGCUCUUAUGGUCCAGCACCACCUGCUGGCCAGCAGCAGAAAUGCCCUGCUCUCAUGUCAGCCAUAAACUGCACAUCUCAUCAUUUGUCUUCAUUAAGUAAAAAGAACAUGAUUUUCCUUUUAUUGAUCAGAAGUAGCUUUUGCUGAAAAGUGUUUCCUGGGCCUGGGUCUGAGUUCCAUUAGCGUACUAAGGAUUCUUGACUGCUUGUUCAUGGGAACAAGAUGCUCCCUAUGAAGUCUCAGUAUGGGUCCAGACCUCCAAAUGCAUGGUCUUUGAAGCACUUCAAAAGCACAGCAUUUGUUCUUGGGACAGUUAUAAGCAAGUUUUUUACUAAGUAAACAAGCAUUACAUAAUUUGAACUCUUGACAUUCACCUACUAUUAGAAAUGUUCCAAUAUAAAUUAUUGCUGGUUGAAUAUGUUUUAUUAAACUGGGUUUGCUACCAAGACAAAAAGUUACAUUUCUUACCAUGUUUUAAGUUGUUCAGCAACUGUGAAUCUUUUUUUAAGGAGAAAAAGAGGCUUUAUAUGCUGUUGCUUUAAUUGUAGGAAUUGUGAGCUGCUUGGAGUGGCUGCUUGAGUGUAUUUUUCUACCAAGAUUUAUAAUGAUCUGCCAUUUUCUCAUUUAAAAAAUGUCAAUAUAUAUUAAAGUUUCUUUGGUUUUA